UGUAAUCCCAUCAAAGGGCCGGUCCCAGCCUCCUCCCUCCUGCGCGUGUGACAAGCCCGGCUGCUCGCCGCCAGCGCCAGCCCCAGCCCCACUCGCUGUCUGGUUGCUGCGGACUCCGGACGACGGCUGCGGAGCAGUUCUCUCCCUCCCUGGCCGCCUCGCGGUCAGCUGCCCCCCGCACGCUCAACUUCCCCAAACUUCUCUGUUUCGGGGUGGGCUGAAGGCUGGCUGCGAUGGAUUUACAGAGCCCAGCCCGCUGCUGCCGCUGCUUCGCUCUGCUCUUGCUGGCCUCUUGCCUUGGACACACGGCAGCUUCCAGGAGAAACAUCCCCAGAAGGCAAGAUAGACUGGGGCCUCCUCUAGAUAUACUGAUGGAUUCACUGAACUGUACAGCUUUCAGCAUACAGUGGAGAAUGCCAAGGCAGCAUGCAAGCACCAUCACAGGAUACACUGUGUUUUACUCAGAGGUCGAAGCUGAUAAACCAGUAAAACAGCUUUCACAUGAUGUCCCCCUUAGCUUGGAUAUGCUCAGCAUGAGUCAACUUGAUGGACAAGCGAUUUUUGAUGUUGUUAUCGGCGAUUUAAAGCCAGGCACUCCACACCGCGUUAGUGUAGGAGCUUAUGGCUGGGCAGGAAAAGGACGACCCAGCAUGCCCAGAGACAUCACAACCUUAUCCCAAGAUAAAUGCAUGCCCCCUGAACCACCCUAUCAGCCUCAGGUCAUAGUAGUUUCUGAUUCAGAGGUUGCGCUAUCAUGGAAACCUGGAGUCAGUGAAGGAAGUUCCCCAAUCCAGUACUACACCUUGGAGUUUAUCAGGCCAGACCUUGACAGCAAUUGGACAGUAAUAAAAGAGCAGAUCCAGAUGGAAUCCAUGGUUCUAAAAGGACUUAUUCCAAACACCAAGUACCAGUUUGCAAUCAGAGCAGCGAAUUCCUAUGCAUCCAGCUUACCCAGCACUCCAAGCGACGUUAUCCGAACAUUCAGUUCUGAGGAGUUAGGAAGUGGAAGCUAUGGGCAUCGGUACAUCACAGGCACCAUAGUCAGUGACGAUGAUGGAUUUGAUAUUGAUGAUUCAGACUAUGACAUUUAUAUUGAAGAGCUCAAGCCACUUCCAGCUAUCAAAGGAGGCAACAGGAAGUUUUUGGUUGAAACCAAGGUUGCUCCAGGGUCUAGUACAAGGCUCCUAUCCAGGCUAAUUACGACCACCUCUGAUCCUAUUACUUCCCCUGCAACAACUAUGCGCCCCAUUCCUACAACCACUACAGCUAAGGCAACCACAAGGAAUGGCAUAGCCUCAGCAGUACGGCUGUUUGAUCUGUCCUGUGAUGAAACCAUCUGCUCUGCCGACAGCUUUUGUGUCAAUGAUUAUGAUCGGGGCGGUUCUCGGUGUCAUUGUAACCUGGGCAAAGGAGGAGAGACUUGCACAGAAGAUAUUAUUAUCCAGUAUCCUCAGUUCUCUGGCUACUCAUACAUCACCUUUGAACCACUGAAAAAUUCCUAUCAAACAUUCCAAAUUACUCUUGAAUUCAGGGCUGAAGCAGAAGACGGUUUGCUGCUGUACUGUGGAGAGAAUGAGCAUGGCCGUGGUGAUUUUAUGUCACUGGCGAUAAUCCGACGCAACAUCCAGUUCAGGUUCAAUUGUGGGACGGGAGUUGCAGUCAUUAUGAGUGAAAGCAAAAUCAAACUGGGCAACUGGCACAGUAUCACUGUGUUCAGAGAUGGGCUGAAUGGCUGGCUCCGGCUGGAUAACGACACACCAGUCACAGGUAAAUCUCAGGGCCAAUAUAGUAAAAUUACCUUCCGGACUCCUUUCUAUCUUGGUGGUGCUCCUAGUGCAUACUGGUUGGUCAGAGCAGCAGGAACCAACCGUGGCUUUCAGGGUUGCGUUCAGUCACUCAUUGUCAAUGGGAAGAUAGUUGACAUGAGACCCUGGCCACUAGGGAAGGCUUUAAGCGGUGCUGAUGUAGGUGAAUGCAGCAGUGGAAUCUGCGAUGAGGCUUCCUGUAUUAACAGCGGUACCUGCACUGCAAGCCAAGCUGAUUCAUAUGUGUGCCUUUGCCCUCUUGGAUUUAAAGGUCGCCAUUGUGAAGAAGCAUUUAUUCUGGCCAUACCUCAGUUCAAUGAGUCGCUGAGGUCAUUUGCUACAACACCCUGGCCGUUGGAACCACAGAACUACCUUUCCUUCAUGGAGUUUGAGAUGACAUUUCGUCCAGAUUCAGAGAAUGGGGUCCUCUUGUACAGCUAUGACACAGACAGCAAGGACUUCCUGUCUAUUAACAUGGUGGCCAGCUAUGUGGAGUUCAGGUUUGAUUGUGGUUCAGGAACUGCCAUUAUCAGGAGUGAAGAACCUGUCAUUCUGGGCCAGUGGCAUGAACUCAGAGUGUCUCGCACUGCGAAGAAUGCUAUUUUGCAGGUUGAUAAACAAAAGCCAGUAGAAGGAAUGGCAGAGGGAGCUUUUACGCAGAUUAAGUGCAACACUGACAUAUUUAUCGGUGGAGUCCCUAAUUACGAUAACCUGAAGAAGAACUCCGGGAUACUGAAGCCCUUCAGUGGAAGUAUUCAGAAGAUUAUAUUGAAUGACCGGACAAUUGAUGUGAAGCAGGAUUUCGCUUCUGGAAUCAAUGUGGAGAACGCUGUCCAUCCCUGUGUGAAUUCUCCUUGUGCUAAUGGGGGAAGCUGCAUGCCCAAAAAGGACAGUUAUGAAUGCGAUUGCCCUUUGGGCUUUGAUGGGCAGCACUGCCAAAAAGGUAACAAUGAGGUUUUUUCAAGCUUUAAAUAUAGAAUUCUUCCAAAAAUAAUGGAGAGAUUUAGUACAUUUCUCCGAAUAGAAACUGUAGGGGCUUGCACUUCCUCUCCCUUACUGCACAUUCCACCUACCCAUAGCAGCAUCCAUUCUGUCAUUUAGGAACAUUAUAAUUGCUAUCUCAGAACCAAGCAAUGAUCCAGAGAUGGUACCAUGGCCUCUGGUCACCCACAGUAGUCAGUGCUGAAUGCUUCAGAGAAUGCCAUAAAACUCCCUAAUUAUGCAGCA